AUGGAAGUGUCCCCACCGUUCCCCUCGGGGAAUUGGUUUGGCAUACUGGCUGACAGCAUGCUGAAAUCCCCCAAAUCUAAACGUAAAAAACCUACCAACUCUACAAAAGAAGCAUUUCCUACUUUGCCUGUACCAUCGAAAAACAACAACCAAAACGACCCUAAAUUUAUUGUUGUCAAAUCGACUGACGUAUCUAAUCCACUCUCUAAAUACAGCGUUUUUGCUAAAAAAAAAGCACUUGACAGCAUUAGCACUGAAUAUACUUCAGUAAAUAUACUUCGUGACGGGAGCCUUCUGGUUCUUACCAAAUCUACUAAAAUAGCUGAAAAGUUUAUAAAAUGUAAGAAUUUUGGUGGUCUUUGUCCGGUUUCCAUUGAUUUUCACGGAGCUCUUAACUGUUGUAAAGGAACAAUUUAUGACAUUAAUCUCGCAAACACAAGUGAACAAGAGAUUCUUGACGGUCUUAAGUCUCAGGGUGUUGUUGCCGUCUAUAAAUUUACUAAAGAUCGCAACGGUAUAAAAAGUCCAACAGGCAGAAUUGUCUUAACGUUUAACCUAUACAAAGUGCCAUCUGUCAUUGACGUUGCUUGGUAUUCUUUGAAAGUAGAAGAAUAUUUUCCUACUCCAAUGCGAUGCCGUAAUUGUCAACUGCUCGGUCAUACUCUAAAAAGAUGCAACAACAAUCCCACAUGUGAGACGUGUAAUCUCCCCCCACAUAACCCAGAAAAAUGCCAACGCCUGAUGUGCGCGAACUGUUUUGGUUCCCACUCGGCUUCUGACAAAGACUGUCCUCAAUACUUGCAACAAAAACAAAUAUUAAAAAUAAAAACACAAAACAAGUGCGACUUCAAAGAAGCUAGACGCUUGUACAAGAUCCAAAACCCGGCAAGCAUAAACCACAAGCAAACAUACUCCUCAGUCACAAUUGCAGCACCACCACCCUCCCUUCAGCCUAAUACACUUAGCCCAAAUACUGUGUUUCACACCAGCAGCUCUAAAAUCUCUUCCGACUCCAUACUCAGCAACAGCAACAACCUCAGCACUAUCGAUUUACCUACAAUUCUCUCUUCCUACAUCGCUUCACAUAAUAGUAUACCCUCUGAAACUCACGUAACCGAUCUCAAUUCAAACAACACACAGCCACCAUCUACCAUCCCCCCGCAACCCACCACCGACCACACUCAAAUCCCAAAAUCUCUUUCAGUCCACAGUUCUCUUUCCAGCGAAACCAAUACAAACUCUUUAGCCAGCACACAGCACAAGAUCGCCGAUACGUACUCCCGCCGAAUCCCUUUGUCUCUUUCGACCCACAAUAGUUACAUUGCAGAUCACUCUCCUCCUCUCAGCCUCCAGCAAACGGACUGUGUUGAUACAGCCUCGACUCUCUCGGCGACUGCAGAGCUUUACACUAACAACUUUGACAACGAUCAACAAGAACCCGUACUAUAG